GUCUCCUCAUUAUCUAAGUUAGUAUGAAGUAAGAUACUGUAUAUGGCCCAUGUUACAUACUCUGGUACAGUAGGUGGCGGUAUGCACCUUUUAAAGUCAUGGUUGCAACCCGCCAUUAAACUAAAAGAAGAAGAAGAAGAAGAAGAAGAAGAAGAAGAAUAAAAAGAAGAAGGAGGGCCAUUUAAAAGCUGCUGUUUAAACAGACACGAACAUUACGUUCGUUCUACUUCCUUACGGAAUGUUUUGAAGCGACCUAAAGUGAAAGAAUCGCGUUGUAUGUGAGCCCGCUUCCUGUGUGUUUAAGUGCUGCCAUUUACGAAGAAGUUCAGAGUCAUUUAAGCCCCACAAUGUGUUCAAUUCCCGGGCUGCCGACACCAGGCUCAGAAGUAACUGUUGACAUCAAGAGAGUCAACACAAACCCCAAAUGUGGACUUGUGGAACUGUGGGUCAGCAUGCAAUUGGGCAGGAAGCAUGCCUACGAGCAAAUGAAGGAGCAGAUCCAACUCCCUAAAAGAAUGUUUUGUGGAGCCGAAGGAAAAUCGGGCGAUCUGUGUCUGGUUUGCAUCGGUGACAAGUGGCACAGGGCUCGCAUUAUGUCCAUCCAAGAUGAGACUUGCCAUGUCUUUCUUAUUGACCAAGGACAGCCCCACGUCAGCAAUUGGGACGCUCUAGCAUGGGGCCAGAGUGACAGUUUCUUCCUCCCUCCUGAAAUCGAAUCCUGUAUCCUGGCCACCGUCAUCGCUCUUAAGGAGAACUGGCCCGAGGAAGCCGCAAAGUUUUUGAUGUCUCUUCCUGGAAAGACAAUGAGCGCAGUGGUCCAGCAUGUCUUGAUGCCAGACAGGACGAUUCUCUUAGACAUACCUUUCAUCUCCAAGCAAAUGUGCGCCUCUGGGGCUACAAGGAAGCUUCCAGUAGAUGAGUGUAGAGGACUUGUGCUGGAAUAUCUGCAUCCAUCCAAAGAAGAUGCACCCGUCACCUGUAAUGAGAUGCAGAGGAGUCUGAAUGUCGGUGUCCUGUACAAGACCGAACAGUACUUCUACCCAGAACUGCUCUGUGGCAUACUUGAAACGGUUAAUGUGACUGAAGUAAUCGAUCCCCAUAACGUAUUUUGCAGACUACAAAUUUUUGCAAAAUCGUUCAAUAGGCUGUCAGAAGAGAUCCAACAGUACUAUGAGGAGUCCUCGGACCCUGGAGAGGAACAGCCAAAGACCACCGGAGAACCGUGCGCUACCAGAGGAGACAACGGUAGAUGGCAUCGCUCGUUGCUACAGCAAAACAUCUUAAACGGUGAUGAGCUUGUACAAGUCGUGCGCAUAGAUGAAGGGAAAAUGGAGUUUGUCCCCGUGGGACUUAUCAGACCUCUGCAGAGAGAAUUUCUGAGAAUGCCAGUGGUCACAUAUCGCUUUUCCCUACACGGUGUGGAGGAUGGUGGCAGUGGAUGGACAGACAACCAGAUUGAAUAUUUGAAGUCCUUACUGCUGAAUAACACGUUUGCGGCCUGGCUUGAAAGGCGGCCCACACGUGAGGGUGCCUACAAUGUCACGCUGUACAGCCCAAAUGCUACGUGCAUGAACACUUGUUUUUUGGAGAAAGUAGAGCUUUUCGUAGCCACUGAAGGGACUGAAAGACCGUUGAACAUUCAGAUUGAACCCCCAUCAGAUCUCAUUGCAGAAGAAGAGCAAGGUGUUGAUUUUCACAACCUUGUCAACUUAAAUGUUGAAAACGUGGAAAGGCAAACCUUGGCCAUUACCAAGAAUGGACCGGUUAACAGCCGAGAAGACGCCGCGCCCACUUCUGGUCCCAGUGACCGAGAUGCCCUUGAACAUCCCCAACCGCUAUUACCCACCAAUAGGUGUCUUUUGACUUCCAAGGUUCAAAGUUUUCAUCAUGAAGAUCGGUUUUGUGUGGGAAGCACCUUCAAGGUAAACGUAUCCUGCAUUGAAGGUCCGCACAAGUUCUGGUGUCAAAAAACUGAAAAUGAAGAAACAUUGAGACUGAUAAUGGAAGGUCUCCAAGACCAGUAUGCCUCCGUCCACCCUCUGCCCCUUGUUGAGUCGGCCUGCGUUGUCCGAAACCCAGACGACGGCAUGUGGUACAGAGCGAGGAUUGUCACGAGUCGCCACUCCCCCGAAGUUGAGGUGCAGUUUUUAGAUUACGGUGCGACACAGAGAGUACCCCUGAGGGACGUACACACUAUUGACCCGGCGUUCUUGCAGCUUGAUAUGCUGGCCUUUCAGUGUUGCUUAGACAGCCCGAAGACUGCAACUAAUACCGCCUGGACCGAUGCUGCAUCAGCUGAGUUUCAAAUGUUUGUGGAAUCUGGCAAGUGUGAAAUCAAAUGCAUCGUAAAAGCCAGAACUUUUGAUGAAGAAGGCCAACUGGUUAAUGUGGUAGAUCUCGAAACGUCAUCCGACAGUGCUUGCAAACUGCUUACCCAGAAAUGUGUUCAAGCCCUCCCUGUAGUCCCCGUGGAUACGUAUCUUUAUUCCACGUAUGAUAUGGAGGUAGGCAGAAAAGAGAAAGUGUGGAUAACCUCAUCGGAGACGGUGCAUCACUUCUUCUGCCAGCUAAACAGAAAUUCUCAUUUGUUUGACAAAGUGAUGGCAGAUGUUCAGCAGGUCAUUGGCAAGUCUCAGUGCAGAGAUGGCCUCAUCAGACUCAACACUCUUUGCCUUGCUAGGUACACAGAUAACGAGUGGUAUAGAGGUCAAGUGGUGAAAAUGUCUCCAAAUCCUAAAAUUCUAUUUGUGGACUACGGCAACACCCUCACAGUGAACGAGUCUGAUAUUCUCCCCUUGUCUGCCAGUGCAAGCAUCACAAGGUCUGUCCCAAUACUUGCGGUUCCUCUUGGACUCUUUGGCGUUCCAGGGGAUGGACCAGAGGAGGUCAACCAGUGGUUUGCAGAUCAUGCCGUUGGCACAACUUUGACUAUUUCUGUAAUGUCAACAGGGGAUGGAGGGAAGCUAAUUGUUGAACUGUUUGACGGGUUGCUGAAUGUAAACGUCAUUGUCAGAGAGAAGAUAGCAAAUGUAAAACAACAAGCGAUGUCUCAUCAAGUUGUGCAAGCUAACCAGGUCUCAAAAGAGGAGGCUCCUGGACAGGAUGAGGACUUUUUAACUGAAGAACUUGUGUAUAUAUCAGAACUACGGGAGAUGCUUGAGCAGAGCAGCAAUGGAACACAAGAACAAAACACAACCCUGGCGACAAUACUGGAGUGUGGCCCUCAAAAGACUCUUGAAGAGGAACUUUCAAAUAUCACCCUUAACGACAAUAAAGAUAUGCUCCAAAUGAACCAACAAAACACUGCAAUGGCUCAAUGUUGCCCUCCUCAGUGCCCCAAAGGACUUGAGAAGAGCUUUGCUUACAAGACGCCAAAUGUUUCUCCUUACACAUCUGAGGAGGUGUAUGCCUCCUGCAUAGUUGGGCCUAGUUACUUUUGGUGUCAGUUCGCCAACACUGAAGACUUGAACGCAGUGUCAACACUUGCUCAGAUAGUUGGAGAGUCCCUACGAGACAUAACUUCUCCCAAGACUUUGAACCCCGGAAGUCCAUGUCUUGCCCCCUUCUCCAGUGACUCCCAGUGGCAUCGAGCUCAAGUUAUUCGGAGGACAGACAACAUGGUCUGUGUUCUGUUUGUGGACUACGGAAACGAGUCUGAGAUAGACAUUAAAGAUGUGAGGGCCAUCCCCCAGUCUCUGCUGGAAUAUGCUCCUCAGGCCUUCUUGUGCGCUUUGGAUGGAUUUGAAGAGUCCAAAGGCUCAUGGGAAGAUCAAGUUUAUGAUGACAUCUACAGUCUUCUCGUUGAUAAACCCCUCAGAGUGACCGUUUUCAAUGCUGAAGAGAAUUCAGAGAUUGCAUUUCCUCAGCAUUCAGUUAAGCUUGAGUGUGGAAAUAUGAAUGUAAACGAGGCCAUGCAGAAAUAUUGGAAAGCCAAGAUUUCCACCGAGUGUGAGACUGGAACGAUACGAGAGGCCACCCCGCCACAACCCAUGGAGUCCAACGUGAUUGUCAUCAAGGAAAGUGCCAAAGCAUUCUCAUACAGGCAACCAAAUAUUGACAAAACAGAGGUGGUUUAUGCGUCAUGCAUCGUGCAACCUCAUUUCUUCUGGUGUCAAUUUGCCAACCCAAUGGACCUUCGCAAAGUGGCGAGCCUUGCACAGGAAGUAGGGCAAGCAGAGCUGGACCCCUCAUCCUUUGAGACCUUUAGAACAGGCAGUCCUUGCCUUGCACUCUUUCCCACAGACAACCAAUGGUAUCGAGCACAGAUCCUGAGCAAUGAGGAAAACAAAGCCCACGUUGUGUUUAUUGACUAUGGGAAUGAAGCUGACGUUGACCCCCAGAAUGUCAGACCCCUGCCUCAGAGUCUGCAGAAAUACACCCCCCAGGCCUUUUUGUGCACUUUGGAUGGAUUCGAUGACUCCAAGGGCUCCUGGGAGGACGAAGUUUAUGACUACUUCUACAAUCUUCUAGUUGAUAAGCCCCUCACAGUGUCGGUGUCUCAUGCUAAAGGCCAUUCAGAGAUUGCUCUUCCUCAUCAUGUGGUGAAAGUUGAGUGUGAAGGAUUGUCUGUGAAUGCAGCAAUGCAGAAAUACUGGAAACCAACCACUGAAGAGCGGGAAUCUCCCCUUAAUAAUCAGACACACUCUAGGAUGCCCAUAGUAAAUGCAAACAUUGCCAAGUACAAAAAGCCAAACAUUUCCAAAAACAAGUCUGAGAUGGUUUACGCCUCUUGUCUUGUGGACCCCAAUUUCUUCUGGUGCCAGUUCACCAACACAAAGGAUCUCAAGCAGCUGUCUAGCCUUGCCCAGGAGGCAGGAAAAGCCGAGCUGGAUGAGAAGUUCCUGGAAACUCUCAUUCCUGGGAGUCCCUGCCUGGUUUUGUACUCUGUGGACCACCACUGGUAUCGAGCUCAAGUCAUCAGUAGAGUGGGUGACUGCGUUAAUGUGGUGUUCAUCGACUAUGGGAACAACUCGGACGUCGACGCCCAAGAUGUCAGGCCGCUGCCUCUGGAUCUGCUGGAGGUCGCUCCUCAAGCCUUCUUGUGCUCGCUGAGCGGAUUUGAGUUGUCUAAAUGCUCCUGGGACAAAGGUGCCUGCCAAGAAUUCAGCAGGCUUCUGACUGACAAACCACUCAAAGUAACAGCGUUUGAUGCGGAAGACACUUCAGAGAUUGCUCUACCUCGGUAUGCAAUAGAAGUAGAGUGUGAGGGGGUAAGUGUGAACGCAGUGAUGGAGAAAUACUGCAGUGAGAAAGCCAUCAGCUUAGUUGCUCAAAUGGACUCCUAGAA